AUGGCCUCCAAACAGAUGCUGCAUAUGAAUCAAGGACAAGAGGAAACAAGCUAUGCUCGCAACUCCAGUGCUCAGAGUGUUGAACAGAACAAGAUGAAACCCCUGAUAGAAGCAGCCAUCCUUGACUUAUGCAGCAGGAGCAGCACCAUGUUGCCAACGAGGAUGGUGAUCGCCGAUCUGGGUUGCUCCUCUGGCCCAAACGCUCUAACACUGGUGUCAAUAGCUGUCCAGGCCAUACACAGUCACUACCUUCAGUUUGUACAGCCACCACCCGAAGUGUGGGUGCUCCUCAACGACCUCCCUCACAAUGACUUCAACACGGUGGUGCAGAGCCUGGUCACGCUCCAUAAGGGAAAUGACCCUGUUGUCGUGACCGGUGUCGCACCAGGGUUGUUUUACGAGAGGCUCUUCACUAGUGGCUCCUUGCAUCUUGUCUGCUCGUCCAACAGCCUGCAUUGGCUCUCAAAGGCUCCUGGAGUGCUUACAAGUAACAAGAUCCCGGCGUAUGACAUUGAUGAGCAUGCUAGGCUUGAAAGGCUCCCUAUCGUCUUUGAGGCUUAUGAACAACAGUUCAGGAAAGAUUUCACACUUUUCCUGAAGCUAAGAGCCAAAGAACAGGUUCCAGGAGGUCGGAUGGUUAUUUCUCUUCCUGGGAGGCGUUCUGAUCAACUUGCUUCCGAACUUUGUCACCUCCGGGAAACCUUGGCUCGGAUUUUACGCAUCAUGGUCAUAGAGGGUGUGAUCGACAAAGCAAAGUUUGAAUCUUUCUAUGUGCCAAUGCAUGGACCUUCUGAUGAAGAUCUGAGGGUGAUCAUCCAAGAAGAAGGUUCUUUUUUUAUCGGUGAGAUGCGGGUGCACGACCCCCGAAGCGGUGUGGAUAAUGCGCUCAUGGUCCCAAGUUGGUUUGCAAUUAUGAUGAGAGCCGUAUUUGAGCCGAUAAGUGUCCAACAUUUUGGGGAUGUCAUGGAUGAAUUCAUGGCGUGCACGGAGCAGCGAUGGAGCCAGCCGGGCAGCUUGGAGGAAGAAGUUGCCGGAAACCCGCUAGUUAUGCUGGUUGUAUCACUCACGAAGGCAUGA